UUUACACCAUCGUGCCGCCGAAAUAUGGAUUUUGUCUUCAAAGCAUUCUUCCUACAAUUCCUCCUAUUCGGAGUGCUGGUCCCAGUCGUACGACCGCAAACCGGAGGGACGGACUGCCGCGGCAAGGACUAUCUGUGCCUGGACGAUGUGCAAUUUCAGCUUUGUGUAGAUUAUGGUGACGGGGUGCCGAAAACCGUCAACGACGAGGUGCAGCAGUGCCCGCAGGGAACGUUCUGUAGCAACAGUGGCCACUUUGAGUGUGACUCGUUUGUACCGCCGUCCACCACAGCCGAGCCGCACGUUGACGUCGGCGAGAGUGAAACGGAGAAUGGACCAGUGGAACCGGUGGAAGAAGAAGCCACAUUGCCGGUGCAGGAGCAGGAGGAAGCCACAUUGCCGGUCCUGGUGGAGGAAACCGAAGAGGGUUCGCCACUUGAACCAGCAGCCACCGGAGAGGAUGAUACUGACACGACCCCGAAAGAGGUGCUCGUUGAGGGGGAAGUCACCGAAGUGGUUGCCACUGAAGAGCCCGCCGGGGAAUCUUCUCCUUCGCCCGUUGAGGUGACGACUAACGAGCAGGCUGAAGAGUCAUCUGAUGUAGCGUCGGAAGGAACGGAAGUGCCGGAAGAAUCGGACACCAAUGCCGACACAACGGUAGCAAGCGAAGCUGAGGCAGAACAAACCACUGAAGAUUCGGCAUCUCAAUCAAGUGUCGCUGCUGAAACAGAGGGCACCGAGGCUGAGGUUGAGUCAAAUCCCACCACAGUUGAACAGUCCGUGGAAGCUACCACGCAAUCAAGCGAAACCGAAAACACCCAAGCGCCAGUAGAACCGUCAACUGCUGAAGUUCCAGAAGCGACAAAUCCCACCGAAGAAGAGGUAACUAACUCGCCCGAGGUGUCUACGGAUGCAGAGGAACAGAGCACGGCCACUGAACAAGAACCCAGCGAAACGGAAUCCCCCGCAGUUGAAGGCACUGAAGGAGCUGAUUCGAGUGCGGUUCCAGAAAAUACCGAGUCGAACACCGAGGAAGGUUCUGAAGGCGCUAGCACCAAUCAACCCGAAGAACCAGUUCCAUCCUCCGAAGUCCCCGAGGUUGAACCAACAACUGAAGAUUCCGUAACCGAGGGAGAGUUGGAAACAUCUUCUGCCAGUGCCUCUGAGACCGUCACUGAAGGGGAUUCCCAGCCGGAACAAUCAACGGAAGGUGUUCCUUCGACUGAGGCUUCAAGCAACCCGGAGACGGAGACUGAGGUACCCCAAACGAGCAGUGUGGCUCCGGAGGUAUCUACGGAUGAGCCGGAGGUUACCGAAUCAACCAGCGUUAGUUCUGAACCAUCAGAGACCACCGAGCAGGAAACGGUUACCGAAGAAGUCACCUCGGAAGUCGCGCCCUCUGAAGCUAGCCCCACGGAAUCAACCGAAGCCAGCACGACUGCCGCUCCGACUACCCCCGGACCAUUCGUGUGCCAAGCUGCCGGACGGUUUGCGCAUCCGACCGAUUGCCACAAGUACUACAUCUGCUUUUGGCUGCCAUUCGGCCUGUACAGCCUCGAGCAGAACUGUCUGGUAGGGUUCGCCUACAACCCAACCCUGGAACGCUGCACGGCCGAUCAGAGUGUCUGCUUCCCGGGCCAGUUUACGUGUACUGCCCCCGGCCGCUUCCCGGAUCCGGCCGAUCCAACCCAUUACUUCUGGUGCGUUUGGAACAUGUUCGGUGGCUACCUGCAGUACAACCUGCAGUGUCCCCUGGGGCAAGUGUUCAACCCACUCCGAGCACGCUGCACGUUCGUCGUCGCUGGCCGUGCCCUAUCCUUGGAGCCACUGAACGAAGAGGAGCUACCAGUUGAGGUCGAAUCUCCCGAAGAAUCAUCCCAGGCCGAUCAGUCGGACGAACCUAACGAUCACGACCAGUCUGUGGAGCCCGUGGAGUCGGUCGAACCGAUGGAUUCGGUAGAGCCUGUGAAUCCCGUCGAACCAGUGAAUCCGGUGGAGCCCGUGGCCCCGGCAGAGAACCAACCGAAGCUGAAGGUUAAGUUUCAGUGCCUCGAAGAGGGUACAUUCGCUGACCCCAACAACUGUGGUCGCUACUUCGUGUGCACCCUCAAGAAGCUGGACAAAUUCAAGAAGAGCAAAUUCAAGUGCGUCACCGGUGAACGGUUCGACGAACUCGUCGGCGCCUGUGUGCCCGAUGUGGACGCUCUUUGCGCUUAAACUUGUGAGAUCAGUAUGAAGUAACAUUUGAAAUAGGAAAUGCGACCAUACAAGAAUGAAUAAAAUAUUUAUCAGUUAUUUAUUAUUACUGCAAGUCAGAAAAUAGGCAAUAUCAUAUGACGUCUAAAGUUUACAAAUUGGUAAUAAAAACAAAAUUUGGUAAA